GCAAACUUGCGGGGGUCGAUGCCACUCUGGAGCUCUUCCACUAUUUCUACCGCGUCACUCCCCAGAAUGCCGACGGGUAUCUGAGCGUGGCCGCACGUCCUGGGAGGCGGCUGUUCAAGAGCUACCCCUCGUCCAUCCACGACUGGAAGAACCGCUUCUUCUUCCUUCGAUACGACGGGCCUCCUCUCCCUCUCCGGUGGAAUGGGUAUCCCCCAAAGAUUGAGUCACCGGAGCCGACCGACGAUCUGCUUUUGGAUGCGGAGAAGGUGUUGGAGGGUGGCGUCCGUCCCAUAGCCGGGUAUCUGACCUUCGAGGCACUCUCCGGGGCAGGCAUAGGUUCUCCGCCAGAUCGAGACCAGAUGAAUCACGCCGAGUGUUUGAAGACAAGGAAGGCCAAAGCGGCCGCUGCUAAAGCCGCACUGGCGAAAGCCAAGAAUGCCCCCGCCCCGGAGUCCA